AAAGGGGGAGGGGGGCGGGAGAGGAGGAGGAGGAGGAGGAAGAGGAAAUGGAGAUGAAGAAGAGGAUUAACCUGGAGUUGAGAAACAGAGCCCCCGAGGAGGUGACGGAGCUGGUCCUGGACAACUGCCACUCCGUCAACGGGGAGAUCGAGGGGCUGAGCGACACCUUCAAGGAGCUGGAGUUCCUCAGCCUGGCCAACGUGGAGCUCACCUCACUGGCCCGGCUCCCCAGCCUCAGCAAACUGCGCAAGCUGGAGCUCAGCGACAACAUCAUUUCCGGGGGGCUGGAAGUCCUGGCGGAGAAGUGUCCCAACCUGACGUACCUCAACCUGAGCGGGAACAAGAUCAAGGACCUCAGCACCGUGGAAGCCCUGCAAAAUCUGAAAAGCCUGAAGAGCCUGGACUUGUUCAACUGCGAGAUCACGAACCUGGAGGAUUACCGGGAGAGCGUCUUCGACCUGCUGCAACAGAUCACGUACCUCGACGGCUUCGACCAGGAGGACAACGAGGCGCCCGACUCCGAAGAGGACGACGACGACGACGGGGACGAGGACGACGAGGAGGAUGAGGAGGACGAGGCCGGGCCCCCCGGGGGCUACGAGGAAGACGACGACGAUGACGACGAGGAGGACGAAGACGAGGACGACGAGGACGAGGCGGGUUCGGACCCCGGGGAAGGCGAAGAGGAGGAAGUGGGCCUCUCCUACCUGAUGAAAGAAGAGAUUCAGGAUGAAGAAGACGACGACGAUUACGUUGAAGAAGGAGGAGAAGAGGAGGAGGAGGAAGAAGAGGAGGCCACCCGGGGGGAGAAGCGAAAACGGGACGCCGCCGACGAGGGCGAGGAGGAGGACGACUGACCCAGGCCGGGAAAACGCCCCUUCCCCCCGACCC